AUGGAGGCACGGGCCAAGCGGCGGGAGAUGGCGCAGCUCGAGCUUUGCCUAGCACAGAACUCACGAGACAUCCCCCGACUGCGAGCCGCUGUGGAGCUUGCACGCGCUGUGGACCUUGCAGAGCAGCAGACGCAGGAAGCUGAAGAAGUUCUUGCUGACCUCAUCCAGCAGGACAGCCUGCGAAGAGAGACUCUUCAGCGACUCGCAGAGGCUGCGAAGCUGCGAGACCUGGCAUUGCUGAAGCAGGCGCUGUCCGCCUCCACCGACAUUCUCUCUGAGGAUGCCGAGGUGCAGCAGGCCAAGGCAUUGCUCCUGGAGCUGGAGGAGGAAGCACGGGCCGAAGCAGAGGCGGCACGACGAAGGGCAGCCGCUGAAGCAAUAGAGGCUGCUGUGGCCGAGGGAGACUGGGGCAAAAUUGAGUCUGCUUUGAGUGCUGGCUUGGAGCUAGGGCUUGCGGAGGAAGGAGCAGCAGUCCGAGCGGCACAGGCGAAGCUUGAGAGCCUUCGCGAGGCUCGGGAGCUGAAGGAGGCCGAAGGCGUCGCGGCGGAGGCCGAGGCUCGGCUCCUGGAGCUGCAGAAGAAGGAGCAGAGCCUGCUGGGAGCGAAGCACAAGAAGGAACGCUCCGCGAUCGGGAAAGAGAUGAUGGCACUCCGGAACAGCGAAGCUUACAUCUCGGCAAGGAACUUCCUGAAGAACCCUGAUCAGGAGAGGAAGCGCAGACAAGAGCAAAGGGUGGAGAUCGAGAAGCGAGCUGCAGUUGAGCGGGAGCGUCGCAGGUUAAGAACUGCACAAGCUCCGGCAGAGCUCCUCGCAGCCAUCCAGGCCUUAGACGAGGACGCUGUGCGGGCACUGCUUAUCGAAGCUGUACUUGCUCCGCCCGAUGCCUCCAUUGCAGAGGGUUUUCUAGCUGAGUCUGAGGAAAGAAGGACCCGAGCGGAGCGGGAUGGAGCCUUGCUUGAAUUCGGCUUCCCCGACCUCGAUCGACGAGCGUUCUUCCAGGCUUCGGUCGCCGUGGCAUCCUUCCUCACGGACCAGUACUGCAUGCACGAGGGCAGCGAUUUCAAGCUGAAGGUCAUCAAGGCGGCCAACUCCGUUUUGGUGACCUUCAGAAGCGCUGAAUAUGCGCAGGCCGUGCGAGAGACGACUGUUGACUUAGCCAAGCAGCUCGAGGGCAGCAGCAGCGCGCUGCUGCGAGCAGAGCUCCGCAGCUCCCAUGGCCCCUUCAGCGCAGAAGCCGAGGAGUUCCUCUCCAGACUUCGGCAGGAUGCCGAGGCGCUGCGCGAGAAGCCUCUGCGGGCUGAGUGCGAGGAAGCAGUGCGGAGUGCCGCCGCGCGUGCUCGCGGGGAACUGCCGAGCACGCGGACGACGGGGCCUGGCCCUCUUUCUCGGGCUUCCACGGAGGGUCCGGCUGUGACGGCAGGUGCAAAGGAGCAGCAGCCGCAGCAGCAGCAUCAUCCUCCACCUGCCCCAAUGCCUGAUCAACAGCUUCACAUCUCAGGAGGCGGAAGUCUACCGAGUCGAACCUCGACGGUGGGAGCCUAUGGCAGCAAAGGAAAAGCAGGUGGCAAAGCUUCACCAGGCGCCGGUGCUCCGAAGGACGACGUGCUGGUGCUUCCGCGAGGCGCAGCUUUUGAGCUCCAACGAGACACAGCGAGGGCAAAGACCUUCCGAGACGACCUCAGGACCUUCGCGCGAAACUUCCGCAUCCAAGCCGAGCUUGUUGGCUUGGACAAGGUCCAGAUGAAGCCCAUUGGCUUCGUCCACCAAGACACAAGAGAAAAAGCUCGAGCUGAGCUCCAAAACCUUCUCAACUACCACUUCCCUGGGUCCGCCGCUUCCAGAGAGCGGGAGGUGCGGCUUCGAGUCGCCGAGUCAGGAGCCGGUAUCGACCUGACGCCCAGCGACCGCGGGUUUCAGGUCGACCACGUGGAGGACUUCCCCGGACAGGACUUUGCGGCUGGGGAAGUCAUCCUGGCCAUCAACGGCCAGAAGCUCUCUGGUCUCUCUGAAGACGAAGUCGAAGAGACUUUCGGAGCUCACUUUGGGGACGGUGCUGUCCUCAUGAUUGGAAGAGCCUGA